CGAGCUUGGCAGCUGCGGAGCGCGCGGCCGGCCGAUGCGUAGGUCUGUCUGUGUCUUGUGCCGCCCGCUCGCUGGGAGAGAGAGAGGUAUAAGAGCUCGUUGUGUCGUUUCCCAGAGACGGCCACGCCAAGCGCACCCUCUCAAUCACACACUCGGCAGCCAUGGCUUUCAUCCACAGCAUCAUGGGGCCCGCGACGGGCUUGCUCCUCAUCUUCUCCUAUGUCGCUCUCGUCCUCGGCGCCGUCGUCGUCUCGUGGCAGGAGGAGCACUACUCCAACUGGCCGCCCGCGUCCGUGGCCCUCAUGGUCUGCGGCGCGGUGCAGAUGAUCUGGCUGACCGCCUACCUCGUGUUCCGCAAGAACAAGGUCUACAGCGCGGCCAACAUGCUCUACUCGGACAUCUUCUUCGCGCUCUGGGCGUUUGGCGCCGUCGUCGCGCUCACCGUGCUGCGUGUGCGCCACCACCACCGCUACUGCCCCCCCGGCCCCGAGAAGGCGGGCGACUGCGCCGGCGCGAUGCGCGGCCAGAUCGGCCUCGGAUGGGCCCUGUUCGGCUGGGACCUCAUCCACAUGGUCAUCCUCUUCUUCCACGUCCAGACUUCGCGCAACUCGUGGUCCACGCCGCUCGGCAAGAUCCCCCUUCCUGAGAGCCGCUACCAGGACAUCGAGGAGAAGAACACCGGCAAGCCUACGCGCGCGUAGCGGCGUACGCCUUCUUCCUGCAGUUCUGUGCGCAUCGCUCGAUCGCCGCCAUGCUUCCUGCACUCCUGUGAACAUUAUAAUCGUAGCCCAUGUCAAUCGAUGCACUGCAUGCGGUCCAA